ACCCCUCCCUCGGUAGAAACCCGCGCCGCUGGCGUGGCUGCUAACCGGCAUGUUGGAGCCGGCAAGUGGGCUGCGAGUCCGCAAGCCUUCCUCCUAAUAGUCUACGACCCCUUUUGGACUAUGGGGGACUCUCCACCCGACCCUGAGCCGCCUUACCAGCAGUCCUCCAGGCAGAGGAAUUCCCAGGUCUCCGAGCAGUCGCGCAGCCCGGACCGCUCUCAACCCCAGCCUGUGGUCCCCGAAGAGAUACAGCAGAUGCUUGACGCCCAGAUCCUGCAGAGCCCUCAGGAGAUGCUGGCGAGCCAGGCCAACCUCCGGGGCUGGGCACAAGGGGCCGGCCUGACCCAAUCUGAGAACUUGAUGUUCCAGGCUGAGGAACCUCAGUUGGGUGGCAUGGAGUACCUGCCCAUGAAUGCAGGCUUUCCCUCGGAGUUCCAGCACCAACCUUAUCUGAAUGAAGACAGGAUCCAGGCCACCCUAAUGCAGCAGCUCCAGCAGAACCAAGACAACUUCUUCCAGCAACUGGAGUCUGCCUACCAGGAGCCCCCACCCGGCCUCCUGGGCCAGUUCGGCAUGUACCAGACAGAAGACCUGCAGUUCAGCGAAGACACACAGCACGGGCCCUACAUGAGGGAUGAGCCUGCCCUCCAGUUCAUGCCCUGUGAGCUGGACUUCAUGCCCUUCCAUGAGGAGGUGCCUGAGCCAGAGCCUAGGGAGCUGGCCGUGCAGAAUGCCAAGGCCUACCUGCUACAGACCAGCGUCACUUGCGACCUCAGCCUGUAUGAACACCUGGUGAACCUGCUGACCAAAAUCUUGAACCAGCGGCCGGAGGACCCCUUGUCCAUCCUGGAGUCACUGAACCGCACCACACAGAUGGAGUGGUUCCACCCCAAGCUGGACACGCUGAGGGACGACCCGGAGAUGCAGCCCACCUAUGAGAUGGCCAAGAGGCAGAAGGCCCUGUUUGUCCGGGGAGGCAGCGGUAGCAGUGGUGAGGGCGAGCAGGAGCUGGAGGAGGAGGUGGGAGAGACGGCCGUGCCCAACGUCAUGGAGUCGGCCUUCUACUUCGAGCAGGCGGGCGUAGGCCUGAGCUCAGACGAGAGUUUCCGCAUCUUCAUGGCCCUGAAGCAGCUGGUGGAGCAGCAGCCCAUCCACACCUGCCGCUUCUGGGGCAAGAUCCUGGGGCUCAGACGCAGCUACCUGGUGGCGGAGGUGGGGUUCCGGGAGGGCGAGGAGGAGGUAGAGGAGGAGGAAGUGGAGGAGACGGAGGGCGGCGAGGUCACGGAUGCGCCCGGCGAGGAGGAGGGCGAGGAGGACGAGGAGAAGGUCCCCGACAUCAUCCCCAAGCCGACGUGGAAGCCGCCGCCUGUCAUCCCCAAGGAGGAGAACCGCACGGGCACCAACAAGUACCUGUAUUUCGUGUGCAACGAGCCCGGCCUGCCGUGGACGCGGCUGCCGCACGUCACGCCCAUCCAGAUCGUGCAGGCCCGCAAGAUCAAGAAGUUCUUCACAGGCCACCUGGACGCGCCGGUCAUCAGCUACCCGCCCUUCCCGGGCAACGAGGCCAACUACCUGCGGGCCCAGAUCGCCCGCAUCUCGGCCGCCACGCACAUCAGCCCGCUCGGCUUCUACCAGUUCGGCGAGGAGGAGGGCGACGAGGAGGAGGAGGGCGGCGCGGGGCGCGACUCCUACGAGGAGAACCCCGACUUUGAGGGCAUCCCGGUGCUCGAGCUGGUGGACUCCAUGGCCAACUGGGUGCAUCACAUGCAGCACAUCCUGCCGCAGGGCCGCUGCACUUGGGUGAACCCUCUGCAGAAGACGGAGGAAGAAGAGGAGCUCGGGGAGGAGGAAGAGAAGGUUGAGGAAGGGAUAGAGGAGGCUGAGCAGGAGGUCGGCCCCCCACUGCUGACGCCCCUCUCUGAAGAUGCAGAAAUCAUGCACAUGUCACCCUGGACCGCCCACCUGUCCUGCAGCCUCUGCCCGCAGUACUCCGUGGCUGUCGUGCGCUCCAACCUCUGGCCAGGGGCCUACGCCUACGCCACUGGCAAGAAGUUUGAGAACCUGUACAUCGGCUGGGGCUACAAGUACAGCCCAGAGAACUUCAACCCGUCCCUGCCAGCCCCAAUUCAGCAAGAGUACCCCAGUGGCCCGGAGAUCAUGGAGAUAAGCGACCCCACAGUGGAGGAGGAGCAGGCCCUCAAGACUGCCCAGGAGCGGGCCCUGGCCGCUGCAGAGGAAGAGGAGGAAGACGAAGAAGAGGAGGAUGAGGAUCUGGAUGACUAAGGCCCCAUAGCCCCCUCCCCCAAGCACGGAGAUAGCAGGUUUUCCCUUAGACGUAGUGAGUUAAGGGUUGUUUUUCACUGUUGGUUAUUUCUGUCCCUGGAGGGCAGGGGUGGAAAAGAAAGGCAGCUAUUCUAAAUAAAACGUCCCCCUGGCAUUA